UGUAGGCAGUACGCCAACGGUGGGCCUUUUGGAUCGCCGGGUCCUCGCCGAUUUGAAACUUUUCGAAUCUCCCAUUGUCGGUCUCAGAGACAAUGUCGAGUGCCAGAAACCUUUCAGUUGCCCUCCGGCGGGCUCGUGUUCCCAAGCCUCGCUGUUGGGUGCGCCCCGUCAUCACCAACCGUGCUUCUGUGCUGGCCGCAAGAUCUUUCAGUGUCAGCUCCGUUGUCGGAGGGAAUGCGACAAGGGAAAUCAAGUACACCACCAAUGCCUACCCCGAACUCAAGCGCAACCCCAAUUUCGCCGAGAUAACGGAACGGGAUGUCACGUACUUCAAGGAGCUGCUUGGCGCUCAAUCGGCUGUGAUUGAUGGUGUGACAACAGAUGCUACGGACGAUCUCGAACCCUUCAAUGCCGACUGGAUGCGCAAAUACCGCGGCCACACAAAGCUCGUCCUGAAGCCACAUAACAAGGAGGAGGUUAGCCAGAUUUUGAAAUACUGCAAUGAGAAGAAGCUGGCUGUUGUUCCCCAGGGGAUCGUCAUCAAUACUUCACGCAUGAACAAGAUUCGCUCUUUCGAUGAGGCCUCUGGCGUGCUGGUCGUUGAUGCGGGUGUCAUCCUCGAGGUAGCCGAUCAGUACCUCGCAGAACGCAACCACUUGUUCCCCUUGGAUUUGGGUGCAAAGGGUUCGUGCCACGUCGGAGGAAACGUCGCAACCAACGCGGGAGGGCUCCGUCUGCUGCGUUACGGCAGUCUUCACGGCAAUGUGCUUGGCCUUGAAGCGGUCCUGGCGGAUGGUACUAUCGUCGACUCCCUCUCCACUCUGAGAAAGAACAAUACAGGCUAUGAUUUGAAGCAAUUGUUCAUCGGCUCUGAGGGUACUAUCGGUAUCGUCACUGGCGUCGCCAUCUUGUGCCCCCCUCGGCCCAAGGCGGUCAAUGUGGCCUACUUCGGGCUCGAAAGCUAUGACCAGGUUCGCCAGGCUUACAAGGAGGCUAAGGGUCACCUUUCCGAGAUCCUGUCCGCCUUUGAGCUGAUGGACGGACGCAGCCAGAAACUCGUUCACGAGUCGACUGGCUCAAAGUACCCGCUGGAAGGGGAGUACCCUUUCUACUGCCUCGUCGAAACCAGUGGUUCCAAUGCAGAGCAUGACAUGGAGAAGCUGGAAGGCUUCUUGGAGCAUAUCAUGGGCGAGGGAAUCGUCGCCGACGGUGUUCUGGCCCAAGAUGAGACACAAUUCCAGUCUAUCUGGCGGUGGCGCGAAGGCAUUACGGAAGCUCUGAGCCACCUGGGCGGUACUUACAAGUAUGACGUCUCCAUUCCUUUGCCUGAGCUGUACCAGCUUGUGGAAGACUGCCGUGAGCGCUUGACGAAGAUGGGAUUCGUGGGCGAUGAUGAUUCGUUCCCGGUCCGAGCCGUCGUUGGCUAUGGCCAUAUGGGCGACUCAAAUCUCCACUUGAACAUUUCUGUCAGGCAGUACAACAAGGAGGUUGAGAAGGCUAUUGAGCCUUGGGUGUAUGAGUGGAUUCAGAAGCGCAACGGCAGCAUCAGCGCCGAGCAUGGAUUGGGCCUCGCCAAGAAGGAGUUCAUCGGGUACAGCCAGAAUGACACCAUGCUCAAGUUGAUGAAGCAGCUGAAGACCUUGUACGAUCCGAAUGGUAUCAUGAACCCUUACAAGUACAUUUAGGCAUCAAGCGCUUCCAUGGCGUUAAUAGUUUCUAGCGAGUACGAAUUAUUGAAAGUGUAGAUAGAUUUUAAAUGACAUUAACCGGCGAGA